GAAAAAUUUUACCAGUGGUGGGCGCGUUGUAGUGGCUGUGGUUGUUUUUGUGCUGUUGUGUGUCGCUGUAACGUUUUGUUUAGUGGUGGACAGGACUGACAGCUGUUUAAAACAUGAGUGAGUUUAGGAUUCACCACGACGUGAAUGAGCUGCUCAGUCUGCUUCACGUACGAGGUGGUGAUGGAGCAGAGGGAUACAUUGAUUUACUGCAGAAGCAUAGGACCCCUUAUGUCACUACUACAGUGUCUGCUCACAGUGCCAAGGUCAAACUAGCAGAGUUUUCUAAAACACCUGAGGACUUCUUGAGGAAGUAUGAGGAACUCAAAUCCAAAAAUGUUCGUAACCUGGAUCCUCUGGUCUAUCUGCUGUCCAAGCUUUGUGAGGAUAAAGAGACUCUUCAGUUUCUUCAGCAGAAUGCCAAGGAGAGGUCAGAGUCUUCAGCAAACACAACUUCAACCACAACUACUAGUUAUACUCUGCCGCAGACCAGCACCAAGAUGUCAAUACAGGAGUUGGAUGAAUUGCGAAAGAAGCUCGGCAAUGUGACAGCUAGCUCCAAUGCUCCUAUGCCUGCUGAAGUCACUCGGAAGAUGCUGAGGGAUAGACAUAAUAAGAAGAAUCCUACUCAGCCCAAUCCUGUUUUUCCUAACUGGGUGUAUGACCGCCCUGCACUGCUUGGUGACUUCAUGACUGGCUCCACCCCAACAGGAGAACCAGCUGUGGCCAUCGGUACAUUGCCCCUGGGGGCUCAGGAGCAGGCUCUGGUGGAAGAUCUGCUGUUUGUACUAAUCGGAGUUGAUGGUAGAGACAUCACAGCUCAACCUGUACUGGGGAGGCAGAACCGCUCCUUCAUUGUAGAUUCAACACUGGACAUGUCCAUUAAGGAACUGGUCAACAGAAUUUUACCAGUUGCAUCAUAUUACUCUACUAUAACACGAUUCAUUGAGGAGAAGUCGUCUUUUGAGUAUGGGCAGGUGAACCACGCUUUAACAGCAGCCAUGAGGACCCUGAUGAAAGAAUAUCUAAUCCUUGUAACUCAGCUUGAGCACCUUCAGCGGCAGGGCCUGCUGUCUCUGCAGAAGCUCUGGUUCUAUAUCCAGCCCACCAUGAGGACCAUGGAGAUACUGGCCUCUAUUGCCUCCUCAGUGGACAAGGGAGAGUGUAUGGGUGGGUCAACAUUGAGCCUUCUCCAUGACAGAACCUUCAACUACACCGGUGACAGCCAGGCUCAGGAGCUGUGUCUGUACCUCACUAAAGCUGCCAGUGUCCCCUACUUCGAAAUACUAGAGAAAUGGAUUUACAGGGGCAUCAUCAAGGAUCCAUACAGUGAGUUCAUGGUGGAAGAGCAUGAGCUUCAAAAGGAGAAGAUUCAAGAGGACUACAACGACAAGUACUGGGAUCAGCGAUACACCAUUGUGCAGCAUCGGAUACCGUCCUUUUUGCAGAAAAUGGCAGAUAAAAUAUUAAGCACAGGAAAGUAUCUGAAUGUUGUGCGAGAGUGUGGACGUGAUGUGACGUGUCCAGAUGCUAAGGAAGUCUUGUACACCCUGAAAGAGAGGGCUUAUGUGGAGCAGAUAGAGAAAGCCUACAACUACGCCAGCAAGGUGCUGCUAGACUUCCUCAUGGAAGAAAAGGAGCUGGUGUCACGCCUCAGGUCAAUCAAGCACUACUUUUUGAUGGACAAGGGUGAUUUCUUUGUGCACUUCAUGGACCUGACGGAGGAAGAGCUGAAGAAACCAGUUGAUGACAUUGUUCCUCCCAGACUUGAGGCCCUUCUGGAAUUGGCUUUGAGGAUGAGCACUGCAAACACAGACCCAUUUAAAGAUGACCUCAAGAUUGACUUAAUGCCUCAUGAUGUCAUCACCCAACUGCUGAGGGUACUCGCCAUUGAAACCAAGCAAGAAAAAGCCAUCAUCAACGCAGACCCUACUGAUGCAGCCCUAAGUGGCCUGGAGGCCUUCUCCUUUGACUAUAUUGUCAAAUGGCCACUCUCACUCAUCAUCAACAGGAAAGCAUUGACAAGAUACCAGAUGCUGUUCAGGCAUAUGUUCUACUGCAAACACGUCGAGAGGCUGCUGUGUAACAUCUGGAUCAGCAACAAAGAUUUCAAGCAGUAUUCAUUACACUCUGCCAAAUGGUUUGCUGCCGCGUUCGCCCUUCGACAGCGGAUGCUUAACUUUGUGCAGAACAUCCAGUACUACAUGAUGUUUGAGGUGAUGGAGCCCACAUGGCACGUCAUGGAAAACAACCUGAAAACAGCAUCAAACAUUGAUGACGUGCUUUGCCAUCACACCAGUUUCCUAGACAACUGCCUGAAGGACUGCAUGCUGACGAACCCUGAGCUUCUCCGAAUCUUCUCCAAACUCAUGUCUGUCUGUGUCAUGUUCACCAACUGCAUGCAGCGGUUCACUCAGAGCAUGAGGAUGGAGCGUCUCUCAAUGGAGCAUGGGACAAUGGACGGACCUCCCACCCAGAGUGAACAAGUUGAUGAGGCAGAGAAGAAGAGGCUGACCACCAAGUUGUUAGCUGAACAUGUGGAUGCCCUCCAGUCUGACGCAGGCUUUGAGGCCACCAUCAGCAAGUUUGACAGUAACUUCAGCAUGCUCCUGCUCGACCUGCUGGACAAGCUCAGCAUCUACAGCACCAACGACUGUGAACACAGCAUGAUCAGCAUCAUCUACAGGCUUGAUUUUAAUGGGUUCUACACCGAGCGGCUAGAGAGGAUGGCCAUCGAGCGAAGUCAGAAAGCAGCUGCAUAGCAAGUGGCACUUCUAUGGAAAAACAGUCACUUAGCAAUAAAACAUUCUAUGUCCAUCUGUCUCAAUGUCAGCCAUCCAGAUAAUCACCACACACAGAUACUGGCUAUUAAUGCAAAGAGCUGUUAUGUCAUUGUAUAUACACUGUGUAUUCUAUGAAAUGCAGACUUAUAGUGUAUGUUUUAAGCCUUAUUUCAUGAAUCCAAAUGUAAAUUCUGAAAAGUAUGGCGCUACAGUGAAAUAUUCAAUUCAGAUGCUCUUAUGGGUAACUUAUUGUACAUGUACAAUGAAAAUGUAUGUUUGUAUUGCACUUCAUUAAAAAGCAGACUUUACUCAUUG